AUGGAUAUUGGACGUUUGGAACCGUUGGAAACGCUCGAGAAGGAUUAUUAUUUAGAUGAACGUAACGGUUGGUAUAGUGAUGGUGAACAAAGAGACAGCGAAAGAUUACAUAUGAAUAAUGCGGCCCAUGGUCUAUCUAAGAAGCAGCUUAAAUUAUGUUCAAAUGAAAUUUUUUAUGAAUUUAUGGGGCCAGAGUUGAUUUUCAAUGUACAAAAUUUUUGA